AUGCCUUCGGUCGUGGAACCCAAUGCCUGGGUGGCGCUCCGGCUGCCCUCUGAGAUGGUCAAGGUGCUACAAGUAGUACCAAAUACAGCCAUCUCACUGGGCAAAUACGGUGCUUUCCCCAGCAACCUGAUUAUAGGACGCCCUUACCACCUCACAUACGAAAUACUCGACAAGGAAGCCGACGAGAAGCUCAGCAGACUUCGUGUUGUGCCGACCGACGAGCUCUACGCAGAUAUCUUUGCGGACGAAGCCCGCGAGGAGGGCAGCUCUGCAGAUGACUUGGACAACAUCAUAACCCCAGCCAAUGGUGUCGAAUACAGCCUCGUGGAUGCCCAGACCAAUGCGGUCGUCGCCAAGAGCAACAUCGAGGCCAUUGACGAGAAGGCGCGGCAGCUGCUGAGCUCGGAAGACAUCGAGGAGCUGAAGAAGCACGGCGCCAAUGCGGGCAAGGACCUGGUUGCCCAGUUGAUGCUGUCGCAUACGGCACUGGACGAGAAGACUUCCUUCUCGCUAUCCAAAUACAAGAUCCUUAAGACCAAGAAGUUCAUCCGGCGCUUCUCUGUGAGCCCGCUCGACCCUCUGGCGCUGGGCAACUUCCUCAUAGACGAAAAGGAUGUCGGUCCCAAGAUCCUGGAGAUGAGGGAGGAAAUGGUGGCGCUCUUGGGCUGUUGGGCGAACAUCCACUAUGGAGGAGAGGAGUCUUUUCACGACGCUCCCGUUCCUGGCGCUACUGUCGCUCGGGACGGUGUAGAGAAGGUGUUGCCUUCUCAGUCAGAGCAAAAGCAGGGCCGGUGGCUGGUGAUCGAUGACACCGGAGGUCUCCUCGUUGCAGCAAUGGCGGAGCGCAUGGGCAUACUCUACCCAGAGAACGCAGAGUCAAAGGCGGAGCAAGGAACAGACACAGAGACGGCCGAGUUGCCCGAGGAGACCUCCGAGUCCGCUCCCCCUAGGCGCAAAUUCGUCCACCGCGACGACUUCCACAUCCCGUAUGCGCGUACCAACACCAUCACCACCAUCUAUCCCAACACCCAAGCGAACCUCGCCUACCUUCGCUACUUCGGCUUCGACCCGGCCGACAACAACCCGCCCCCACACCCGCUCAACACCCACCUCAUGGGCCUCACAUGGCUGCAGCUCGUGGACCCGGACAGCGACUACACCUACCGCGCUACGCCGGAAGAGAUCGACGACGAGACGUUGGCCACGCUCAAGGCCGCCCGGCGGGGCAACUACCACCGGAAGCGGCGCCGCUGGGCGCGCACGCGGCACAUCGUGAACACAGCGCGGGCGGGCGAGUACGACGGCCUCGUCGUCGCCACGCAGAUGGACCCCGUCUCCGUCCUGCGGCACACGCUUCCGCUUCUGGCCGGCGGUGCGCCCAUCGCCGUGUACUCGCCGUCGGUCGAGUACCUGUCCAACCUGGCCGACUGCUUUAGCAUCGCGCGGCGCACGGCCUGGACGAACCCCGCCGACGCGCCGGCCGAGACCCGGGGCAAGAGCGCCGAGGAGCUGGAGCGGUGGCAGGGCGACGACGAGUUCCCGCUCAACCCGACGCUGGUGGUGGCGCCGAGCGUGCAGACGAGCAGGGCGCGGAAGUGGCAGGUGCUGCCGGGCCGGACGCACCCCGUGAUGUCGAGCAAGGGCGGAGCCGAGGGAUAUGUCUUUACGGCGUGGCGGGCGAUGCCUGCGGAGGGACGGAUCGAGGCUAGGGGACGAUACAAGAAGCGGAAGGUUGCGGAGGAUGCAUGA